AUGUUCAAUGAACUUAUUCCCCAACAAGCACCUGCAAACGAACCAUUUCAACUUCAAAAGGAUGCAAAUGAACCAUUUCAAUUUCUAGCCAAAGCUUUGGGUUAUUCGCUUAACCAAGAAUGGAAUACAAUACCUAUAAGCCAAGAUGCCUCUGUCAGUGCUUAUCAGAUCAUGAGUUACUCAUUGCUUAACGAAGAAAUGGCAAUAAGAACCAAUCUUAUCCCCCAUCCUUCAGGGAAAAUACAAGAUGUAUACACAUACAUACUCCAGGAUUUCAAGGUACUUUUGUAUUCUCGAUUAAACGAUAAUGACCAGAGGGAAACAAUUGAAUCGAAGUUAAAUAGAAAGCUUAUCAAGAACUUAUUCAUGCCUUUGAUCUAUGGGAAGACAAUUAAUGCUAUGGAACAGGAUAUUCAAAAAGUAUAUGCCUUCCCUUUCUUUGUUACCUCCCUUCCCUUGUUUCUUGUCCGCUUGUUACGAGCUUACACUCACGUCUCGAAAAGUGCGUUCGCUUAUCGGUCGCGAUACCCGACUAGGGCAUCGUCUCCCUUGUGUAUUAGCUCCGUUCGUGAGGCAUCCCAUGCCUCUCUUCACUCCAGAUUCACCUUGCUUUCUUCGGUUCCAUAA